CGCGCAAUAGGCCCUUAUGGCUAGCGCGAGGCGGCGGCUGGGCACCGCCAUUUUGGCCGGUGGCCGUAGGAACACGCCGUGUGGCUGAGAAGUGGAAGCAGGCGCUCGCUCGGCCCCUGCGCUCCCCUCCACAGGGGGAUCAUUUUCUCCAGAAGCUGGAUAUUCUUAAUUUCUUACAACUAUGGCGGACAAAUUAACGAGAAUUGCUAUUGUCAACCAUGACAAGUGUAAACCUAAGAAAUGUCGACAAGAGUGCAAAAAGAGUUGCCCUGUGGUUCGAAUGGGAAAAUUAUGCAUAGAGGUUACACCCCAGAGCAAAAUAGCAUGGAUUUCUGAAACUCUUUGUAUUGGUUGUGGUAUUUGUAUUAAGAAAUGCCCCUUUGGCGCCUUAUCAAUUGUCAAUUUACCAAGCAACUUGGAAAAAGAAACAACACAUCGGUAUUGUGCCAAUGCCUUCAAACUUCACAGGUUACCUAUCCCUCGUCCAGGUGAAGUUUUGGGAUUAGUUGGAACUAAUGGUAUUGGAAAGUCAACUGCUUUAAAAAUUUUAGCAGGGAAGCAAAAGCCAAACCUUGGAAAGUAUGAUGAUCCUCCUGACUGGCAAGAAAUUUUGACUUAUUUCCGCGGCUCUGAGUUACAGAAUUACUUUACCAAGAUUCUGGAAGAUGACCUGAAAGCCAUUAUCAAACCUCAGUAUGUAGAUCAGAUUCCCAAGGCUGCAAAGGGAACAGUGGGGUCUAUUUUGGACAGAAAGGAUGAAACAAAGACACAGGCAAUUGUAUGUCAACAGCUUGAUUUAACCCACCUAAAAGAACGAAAUGUUGAAGAUCUUUCAGGAGGAGAAUUGCAGAGAUUUGCUUGUGCUGUUGUUUGCAUACAGAAAGCCGAUAUUUUCAUGUUUGAUGAACCUUCUAGUUACUUAGAUGUCAAGCAGCGAUUAAAGGCUGCUAUUACUAUACGAUCUUUAAUAAACCCAGAUAGGUACAUCAUUGUGGUGGAGCAUGAUCUAAGUGUAUUAGACUAUCUCUCUGACUUCAUCUGCUGUUUAUAUGGUGUACCAAGCGCUUAUGGUGUUGUAACUAUGCCUUUUAGUGUUAGAGAAGGCAUAAACAUUUUCUUGGAUGGCUACGUUCCAACAGAAAACUUGAGAUUCAGAGAUGCAUCGCUUGUUUUUAAAGUGGCUGAGACAGCAAAUGAAGAAGAAGUUAAAAAGAUGUGUAUGUAUAAAUAUCCAGGGAUGAAGAAAAAGAUGGGAGAGUUUGAGCUAGCAAUUGUAGCUGGAGAGUUCACGGAUUCUGAAAUCAUGGUGAUGCUUGGGGAAAAUGGUACAGGCAAAACGACAUUCAUCAGAAUGCUUGCUGGAAGGCUUAAACCUGAUGAAGGAGGAGAAGUGCCAGUUCUAAAUGUCAGUUAUAAGCCACAAAAGAUCAGUCCCAAAUCAACUGGAAGUGUUCGCCAGUUAUUACAUGAAAAGAUAAGAGAUGCUUACACUCAUCCGCAGUUUGUGACUGAUGUAAUGAAGCCUCUGCAGAUUGAAAACAUCAUUGAUCAAGAGGUACAAACAUUAUCUGGAGGAGAACUACAGCGAGUAGCUUUAGCUCUUUGCUUGGGCAAACCUGCUGAUGUCUAUUUAAUUGAUGAGCCAUCUGCAUAUUUGGAUUCUGAGCAAAGAUUGAUGGCAGCUCGAGUUGUCAAACGUUUCAUACUCCAUGCGAAGAAGACAGCCUUUGUUGUGGAACAUGACUUCAUCAUGGCCACCUAUCUAGCAGAUCGAGUCAUCGUUUUUGAUGGUGUCCCAUCUAAGAACACUGUUGCAAAUAGUCCUCAAACCCUUUUGGCCGGCAUGAAUAAAUUUUUGUCUCAGCUUGAAAUUACAUUCAGAAGAGAUCCAAACAACUAUAGACCACGAAUAAACAAACUCAACUCAAUUAAGGAUGUAGAACAGAAGAAGAGUGGAAACUACUUUUUCUUGGAUGAUUAGACUGAAUCUGAGGAAAUCAAUAAGCCAUUUACUAAAAGAAACAUUGACUGGGAUUUUUGUCAUAUAAAACUUUAAUCAGGUUUUAUGCCCCCACAUACUUUGGAACUUGAAGUAUAAUUAAUAUACAUCAAAAGCCAGUUGUGUUGUAAAUUGUAGUCUGAACACAGAAAAUGCCACUUUCCUGGAAAAGUUCAUAAGGCACUUUUGUGCAUAUUCUAAAAUGAAGACAUUUCAAGCUACACAAAUUACCUCCAAGUUUUCAUGAUGUAUGGGAAGAUUUUCAAUAGUGUAAUAUAUUCAUGUACCAAAUGCUGACCAGUGUGUGCCCCCUUUAGAAAAAUCUUGAAAUUACUUUCUGUGCUUACCUGGUUUGCCAAGUAUGCCAGUAUAAUGAAAUUUCCUUUAUUUUAUAAGCUGGUCAAAGACCCCAUUGAUGAUAUUUGAUAAAUAAACCUGAGGAUUAUAUUAGCUACUUGUUUUCAAUCUUUACACUGAUAAUAUAGUGCGAAGUUUCUAAGACUGCGAAAAAGCACCGUUAGAAAAAUGAGUAUUACCUUAAGUUUUUUGGUGCUUUUGACCAUCACUAUCAAAUAUUUGUGUCCCGUCCAAAAAAAAAAAAAGAAAAAAUCCCUAACUUACCUGGAUUUGUCAGUUUUUGCAUUUUGUAAGGCUCCAUACGCUGUAAUUAUUCUAAUGCCAUUUUUAAAUAUUUAUAUGAGUGUAACCACCAAUUAUAAUUAUGAAAAACCAUUUUUAAAGAAUUUUUUGUUUACCCUUGUUCCUACAGACUCAGAAAUCUUUGGAGUAGGUACCUCAGCGUCUGUGUAUUUUCUUAAAUUUCCAGACUUUUCACAUGGACAGCCAGGGAUUUGUGAACAUUUCCUCAGUAGCAGCAUUAUUGCCAGAGUGGCCAGAUAGCAAUACCAAAUAUGUUUGGUACCAGUCACAUUCAUUUCUAAGUUUGCGAAUAGGUUAUUACCUAAACCUUCUAACUUUUAGUUUUGGACAGUGUAUAACAAAAGUUCUAAGAACUUGUCCAAAUAUUUUAAGUUCCUAAAUCUGAACAGCAGGAUAUUUGUGGCCAGAAGCCAUUAUUAAUGCAUUAUUGACUAAUGCACUGAACUGGAAUUAAUCCAUGAGUAAGGAAGAUUUUACCAAACAUAUUAAUAGGGCAAGCAAAAUAUCAGGGGAGUAUGGAAAUGACAGGGUUUUAGAACUCUUAUAUAAGAGCAGCCUUAAUAUGUAAAAAAAAUAGUGGAAAAUAUGGUUUAACUGAAUAGUUAGGCUUUCUAAACAAAAUUGAUGUUAAUAAUCCACAAAUACUUGUGAAAGAUUCAACUAUACAUAAAUAUACAGAAUAAAAAAUGCCCGCCCUUUACCCUUGCAGCGGUUAGUGGUGUGAGUUUAACAUGCUCAUCAUUUUGUGUAAAGGGUUUGUUUUGUACAUAAAUGGGAUCACACUAAAUGAGUGAGUAGCAGCUAUUUUUAAGGAUAGGUUAAAUUUAUGAAUGAUUAUUUCAAAUAUAUUGAUAAAAUAAGACAAAAGCUAUUUUUAUUUACUGAUUUCCAUAUUCUGUCCUUAAUACUUGUGACAUAACAGGAACACAGCUAUUUCAUGUAAAUUAAAUACCAAAUAUGGAUUUAUCAAGAUUUUAAAUAGUAGAAAAGCCUGUAUAGUUGCUAACACAACUGCAUGACCAAUGAAAUCAAGUACACCAGCAGUGCAGAUGUUUUUAAAAGAAGGAACUGCUGUCUUAACUGAGGAAAAAAAAAAAAAUUCUGGAAUAUUACAUAAACUGGCAAGGGUCACAACACAGUUUAUAUAAUAUUCUACCACUCUUAGGAAAAUAUGCAAAAUAUUAAAAUACAAGAAACAUUGCGACAGAUUGCUUUUAGAAAGGACAGAGUGGUUAAAGGAUGAAGAUAGACGUAGCUUUUGAAUUUGUGUGCAUCUAAUGUAAAAAUCCUAACAAACAAAAACAAUACAAUGGUGGUAAGCUUUUUCUGCAGUAACAAUUUUAGACCACUAGUAUCCUGUAUACCACUCAGCUUAUCACAUCAUGAAGUGGACCUACUGUAUUGAUUUAGUGACAGUAUAAGCAAUUCAACAUAAUUUCAUUGAUGUUCAUCAUCAUACUUAUAUGUGCUUAUCAAGACCUUAAUGCAGUCAAUGACAUACUGUGAGCACUCCAUAGUAGUUCUGCAUCAAAUUGCUAUGUGAAAGAAGAAAUUCCCAGGAAAGAGUCACAGCAUCCUAUUAAGUGUUAGGUCCGCAGAAGAGAUGAGCAUGGGCAUUCAACAGAAUGGGGGAAAAAAAAAAAAAAGGAUGAAUACAGGUUAAAAGGACAAUUCUGUUUUCUUUCACAUGCUGAAAUUAGGAAGUGAAAAGAGCAAAGCAAAGGCUGGUUAGAAGCAGCCAGUUAGAAUUAUCUAGAGUUCCCGUUCUCUAACAAUUUUCUAAACAAUUAAGAAAAAAACUUCUGAAAGGUUCUUAGAGGACACACUUAACCUGUCCUCUUAACUAUUCUCUUGGUCCAUGAGCUAGGUCAUAAAGGGAAGCUGUAAUUGCUCUCACAGCUACUUACAUCUUCAUGCCACUCUCCAGAUAUGGAAGCUUAAUAAAUUGCUCAGAGUGAAAGGCAGGCCCUUCUAAUUAGAGAACGUCAGAGAAACUACCACAUACUCCUUGAGACCACUGUCACCUUAUCCAACCCACCACCACCCCCAAGUUCUUCUGAAGCAGUCUUAAGCUAAAGACCCAAGUAACUAACCAACUCAUUACGUUUGUACUAGCCCAGUGUCCCUCCAGGCUUGCUGCUCCUGUUACCAGGAACCCUUCAAAUACUUGCACUAAAUGAGGGCUUUUUGGAUCUUGCUUAUCUUAAGUAUGUUAAACAAGUGUUGACAAUAUUCUUUGGUGACUUAAGAAACCGAUGAGUUUUCAAAGUAUUUAAGUAUGCCUGAUAUGUUUACUUUCCAAACUACAUGUGCUUCAUCUUCAUACAGCAUAAGUACUGAACAUAAACUGCAAAACAAGGAUUAUUUGAUCCAGAAAUUUAGAUACUCUGCACACUGCCAUUUACUCCAUUAAUUGUAAAAAACAUUUAGAGCUAGAUUCAAGUUCAAAUUCUACUACUUACUAGUUGCAUGGCCAUAGGCAAAUAACUGUGCUUUGGUCUUAGUUUGAUUGUAUUUAUAAAUUAGGCAAAGUACCUAUCAUCCCCUAUAGGUUAUAAAUCCCAUAAAAACUAUCAACUCACUGAGAAAGCACCAUGGAAACCAUCUUUCAAAGAAUUCACUAAAAUUACUCUUUACAUACACUCUGGUUAUUCUGGAAUCAAAGAAUCACAAGCAGGAUU